CAGGUAUCCCGUCGAUGGGCAUGGACAAGGAUGGCAAGAAGAAGCACACGCGGCCGACCUUCAGCGGGCAGCAGAUCUUCGCCCUGGAGAAGACCUUCGAGCAGACCAAGUACCUCGCGGGGCCUGAGAGAGCCAAGCUAGCGUACGCCCUUGGCAUGACCGAGUCUCAAGUUAAGGUGUGGUUCCAAAAUCGACGCACAAAAUGGCGGAAGCGUCACGCGGCGGAGAUGGCCACGGCCAAGCGGAAGCAGGAGGAGGCGGUGGACGGGUACGGCGACGAGGAACAGGACGACGACGAGGAACAAUCAGAGUCUAAACGCGUGAAGCACAGCCUAGACGACUUGGCUGAACCCUCCUGCGCCUCACAGCCGCCUCCAGCCGGCUCUCACCUCCCCGCCAUGGUCGCCACACACUCGGCUGUCUCCCUCGACGCCCUGGAGUGUCCUUCGUCCAGGGAUCUCCAGCCUGAUAUGCAGUGAAGACCUGUGUUGUGUUGUGUACUCCUAAAUGUCCUUCCUUCCUUCCUUCUCUCUCUCUCGCACCUCUUCCUUCCUUCCUUCCUCCUCCUUCUCCCUCAUCAAGCUAGGUUUCAUGUCCUAGGUCUGCUGUGUCCUAGAGCCCAUCAGAUGUCCGUGUCCUAAUGCCAUCAAGGUUACGUGUCCUUAUUCUUACCCACAGUCUGUGUGUUCUCCUCUCCUCCUUCUUCAUCCCUAGAGGUUCCGUGGCCCAAUAAUGAUCACCUCUUCCUCUUCUCCCUCCUUCUUCCUCGCCUCGUCCCCCUCUUCACACCUCCUCCUCGUCCCCCUCCUCUUUCUUCUCCUCUUCCUCCUCCUCCUUCCUCUCCUCCUCCUCACACCUCCGACACGGCAGCUGGGACGCUCAGACACAGCUGGACAUAAACCCGUAUCAGGUUAUAGUGGAGGGAAGGCAGCAUCUAACAGAGGUGAGGAGA